AUGAGGAGCCCCAAUGGGACCACUGCUCAGGAGUUUAUCUUCUCUGCUUUUCCUCAUUCCUGGGGAGAGUCUGUCAUCUGCUUUGUUCCACUGCUCUUCAUCUAUGCUUUCAUUGUGGUUGGAAACCUGGUCAUCAUCACAGUGGUCCAGCUGAAUACUCACCUGCACACCCCCAUGUACUUCUUCAUCAGCGCACUUUCUUUCCUGGAGAUUUGGUAUACCACGGCCACCAUCCCAGUGAUGCUCUCCAGCCUCCUUAGUGAAAGGAGGAGCAUUUCCUUAAACGGCUGUCUCUUGCAGAUGUAUUUCUUCCAUUCCACAGGCAUCAGUGGGAUGUGUCUCUUGACAGUUAUGGCCUUUGAUCGCUACCUGGCCAUCUGCAACCCUCUUCGCUACCCCACUAUCAUGACCCCCAAGCUAUGUACCCAGCUGACUUUAAGUUGCUGUAUUUGUGGCUUUAUCACUCCCCUCCCUGAGAUAGCUUGGAUCUCUACACUGCCCUUUUGUCGUUCUAAUCGCCUCGAGCAUAUUUUCUGUGACUUUCUCCCAGUGCUGCGCCUGGCCUGCACAGACACACAAGCCAUUGUCAUGAUUCAGAUAGUGGAUAUUGUCCAUGCAAUGGAGAUUAUUACAACUAUGAUGCUGGUUUUUAUGUCCUAUGUCGGUAUUGUUGCUGUGAUUCUACGUAUCCGCUCAGCCGAAGGUCGCCGGAAGGCCUUUUCCACGUGUGUCUCCCACCUGACUGUCUUCUUGCUCUUCUUUGGAAAUGUGGCUCUCACAUACUUACGCUUCUCUGCCACCUACUCCUUAUUCUGGGAUACAGCCAUCGCUCUGGGCUUUACGGUGUUGUCCCCGUUCUUCAACCCCAUUAUCUAUAGCCUGAGGAAUAAAGAGAUAAAAGAAGCUAUAAAAAAGCACAUGGGUCAAGUCAAGACCUUCUUUCCUAAAACCAGAGAUCUCUAG